CUAAAGAGAUUUUGGCGAUGGAGCAGCAGCAGCGAAUGCGCAAGGCGCAGCUGAAGUUCAAGCUCCGGGGACUAACCCUCUCGGUGGAUGCGCUCAAGGCUGUUCUUGGCUUCCUAGAUGAGCAAUACUUGCCGGACGAGGAGGCGCUCCAGCAUCUUCUGGCCGAGGUCGACAAAAUCUCCCUGAAGAGCAAUGUGCUGUCCAAGGAAGCAGCGCUGGAACUCAUUUCAGCGGCCACAGGCGUGACUAGCAGCCAGCAGAAUGCUCUUCUUGUUGUCGAUGCCUUCAAGCUUCCAAGAUUUUGCUACGAUCCAAUACGAAAAAUGUUCUACAGGUAUAACAAAACACCUUCCGUUCACGGUGAUGCUCGAUCCAAAUCUGCUCUUUACAAAGAUAGGCUCCAAUUGCUACAUCAACGUCUUAUCAGAGAUAGACACUUUGCAAAGCCUGCAUUUGACAUGGAUGGAAGCCGAUCGGGGACUUGUGAGUUGUCGUCGUUGCAAUCGCUGCUAGGAUGCAUUGGCAGAAGAUGGGUUAUGGGGAUCGUCUCCCAACUGGAAGACGGCCGCUAUUAUUUGGAAGACUUGUCUGCUACAAUACCGAUUGAUCUUUCGCAAGCUAAGAUCACGUCAGGAUUUCUAACGGAGAACUGCAUAAUUGUUGCGGAAGGAUUGCUGCAAGCAAACGGCAUUUUUCAGAUCUCUACGUGUGGCUUCCCUCCAUUGGAAGGAAGAAACAUCUCGUUAAGUGUUACGGCUGGGCUCGACUUCUUCGGCGCAGGAGCGCUUUCUUACGAUGAGAUCAGCAGACUAGAAGUGCUGGAACGCAAAGCUGUUAACGACAUGUUUGUUGUUAUCUCUGACGUGUGGCUGGACGAUGAACAGACUAUGCGAAAUCUUGAGGUCGUGCUGGAUGGAUUUGAAAACGUUGACGUUGUGCCAUCAGUCUUUAUACUCAUGGGAAAUUUUUUGUCACGCCCUUGCAAUCUCUCUUUCCAUAGCUUUGGGGAGCUUCGUUCGCACUUUGAUAAGCUCGGCACAUUAAUCGCGUCACAUACUCGGAUCAGCUCGACCAGCAAGUUUGUCCUAAUCCCGGGUCCUGAAGAUCCAGGCCCGAGUAGCGUUCUUCCGAGGCCUGCCUUGCCGAGCUAUUUCACAAAGGAGCUGGCCAAGCACGUCCCCAAUGUGACCUUUGCAAGUAAUCCAUGCAGGAUUCGCUUCUUCUCGCAGGAGAUAGUUCUCUUCAGGGAGAACUUGCUGUACCGCAUGAGAAGGCUAUGCAUUGUUACACCGUCAGACGAGGAGACAACAGAGCCAUUUGAGCACCUUGUAGCGACAAUCACACAUCAAAGUCACCUGUGUCCUCUACCACUAACUUCGCAGCCCAUUGUCUGGGAGUAUGAUCACGCCAUGCGGCUCUAUCCAACGCCUCACACUAUUGUUCUAGGCGACCGCACGGAGCAAAAGCUUUUCAAGUAUAUGGGCGUCACGGCCUUUAGUCCGGGAUCGUUCUCGGUGGAUGGAACUUUUGCUGCCUACAGGCCAGCGACUCAAGAAGUAGAACUCUCUUCACUGUAAAACUAAUGCUAUGAUCUUCCUCAAACUCGUUGUCUCGUAUCGUUGAACACUAAUUUUUGGAAUUAAAAUGUUAAUAUAAAAGAAUGGUUUUAGAAUA